AUGAAGACUUACAGAACAAUAAGUUUGGCCACCCUUGUGUGCCAGCUUGGCCUAAUUCUGAGGAGCGAGGCCCAGUCGCAGACAGUAUGCAAUACACACAACACCUACAGACCUCCAGAAAACACUGACAUAACAGUGGUCUGCGGCACCAAGACGAUGGCGAUGAGCAUCUUCCUCUGUCCGGUUUACCAUGCUCUCUACAACGAGUCCCUGAUGGCCCUCAACGGACAGUUCGACAACGCAGAGUGCUACGGGGUUCCUGACUGGAGCACAGACCCGCCGACCUUAAAAUUCAAUUUCACCAUAGCCGAGAGUGACGUGGCUGUCUGCCACAAUAACUUCAAGAUAACCAGCGAAGUCGGGACAGGGAUGUUCUCCGACUUCUCAAACGUGCAGUUUGUUAACAUCUCUGGCAUCAUCAGCUCCUUGGACCCCAGCGCGGGGACAAUCACCUACCGGCAGCAGAUUCUCUACAUGUUUUCCUGCCGCUACCCAAUGCAAUACCUGGUGAACAACACCCAGCUGGGCGUGUCGGGGGUGAGUCUCGCGGUAAGAGACAACAACGGUAGUUUUAUCAGCACGCUGAGCAUGCAGCUGUACAGUGAUACAGGCUACACUGAACCGCUUAUUGUGCCAGAAACAGGACUUAACCUAAAAACCAGGAUUUUUGUGGGAGUGAAAGCGACCAACCUCACGAACAGGUUCAACGUGCUGCUGGACAGAUGUUACGCAACAACAAGUCCCUUUCCCUCAAACAGCACUUAUUACGACCUUUUUGUCGGGUGCACACGUGAUGGACAAACAAGGGUGGAGCUGAAUGGUGUGUCUCAGAUGGCACGCUUCUCCUUCGAGGCCUUCCGAUUUGUGGAGCACAAAAACCUGACGGUUUCCACCUUUUACCUGCAUUGUGUUACCAGACUUUGUGAGGUGUCAAGGUGUUCUGCUCUACUUCCUGACUGUAGUUCUCCUGCUGCAGGCCGGAGGAGGAGAGAGGCCUCGUCAAACCAGGAUGUGCCUGCCAACAAUAUGGUCACGGUCACCUCUCCCCCGAUUAUGGUGACCAAACUGAACAACGCUGCCUCGUCCACGUCGCAGGGCAACAGCAGCCCUCUGGUGGGUGUGAUAGUUGCCGUCGCCAUCCUUACUAUUCUCUUCAUCUCCACGGCUGCCUUCCUCGGCCUGUACCUCAGGAGGAGAAAGACAGCCUUCCAGUAG